GAUGUGUAAUAUGUUCCGUUCGAGUUUUGAGGCCCUCGAGGGUCCGAUGAAUAUAUGAGAGGCCGCAUCGUGAUGGCUAGCAUGGCGAUGAUCAUAUUACCAUCGUCUCUCAUCUCUUCUACACUAUCAGUGCACUUCACACUUCAAAGGCAUCUCAACCCGCCAACAUCCUUCCCUCUUUGCCAAUCAUGGUUGUUACUGAGAGCCACAAAAAACCCCAACAUACGGUCACAGUUUCUCAUCUAGCCCACAGCGAGGUAUCGCUCCCCCAUAGUGAGGAUGUCGUACCAAGCCCGGCGAGCGACGAUGAGGAUCUUGACUACCCCGAUGGUGGUUCAGUCGCCUGGCGCCAGGUAGUGGCUUGCCAUUUCAUCAAUGCGAUGGCUUGCGGCUACGGUGCAGCUUUUGGCAUAUAUCAGUUGUAUUAUACUGAGACCCUCAAACUCCCCGCAGCGCAAAUCUCUUGGAUCGGCUCCGUCCAGGUCUUCCUGAACAACCUCAUCUGCACCGUGGCUGGACGUCUCGCUGAUGCGGGAUACGCACGAGAGACCGUUAUGGGUGGCUCCUUCAUCGCUCUGGUAGGCACCUUCAUGACAAGCCUAGCCACACAGUACUGGCAGAUUUUCCUAGCACAGGGUGUCUGCACUGGUAUUGGUCUGGGCUUGAUGUUCAUGCCUACCAUCACCAUCAUCUCCUCAUACUUCAACAAGAGGCGCGCCUUCGCCUUGUCACUAGCCACAGCUGGAACGGGGACAGGGAGUAUCAUAUUCCCAGCGACUGUCCAGUACCUUAUCCCCAUCAUUGGGUUUCCCUGGGCCGUUCGGUGUGCCGGCUUCGUGGCUCUGUCCAUGGUUCUCAUCAUGAAUGUCCUGCUCAAGCCACGUCUGGUUCCCCGCAAAGCUGGUCCCGUUGUGGAGUGGCCUGCCUUCAAGGAGCCCCCCUACGUGAUCUUCAUCGCGGGGACUUUCCUGUUCUUUUGGGCCCUCUAUUUCGGCUACUUUUAUGUAAACACAUACGCUAUCACUGUUGCCUCCUUCAGCCCUACCUCUGCUGUCUCCCUACUACUCAUCAUGAACGCAGUGGGAGUUCCUACUCGACCUAUCAUUGGCUACAUCGCCGACACCUACCUUGGCCCCCUCAACACUUACAUUCUGUCGGCCAUCACCCUAGCCAUUACUUUCUUUGCCUGGAUCGCCAUCAAGACACCGUCUACCAUGUAUGCCUUCGCGAUCGUGUUUGGGGUCACCAACAACGCGACUCAAGGCUCGUUCAGCACCGCCCUAGCCAGUUUAACCACGGACCCUUCGAAGAUGGGGGUCAGGUUUGGCAUGUGCUGCACCAUCAUCGCCUUCGCAACGGUUGCUGGCCCACCAACAGCGGGUGCGAUUAUUGAUUUCUCGGGUGGGUCCUAUGUCUGGGCCCAGGUGUGGGCCGGCCUCGUCACCGUUCUCGCGGCGAUCACCCUAGGUGUGGCGAGGUAUUGGGUCACUGGCGCAAAGCUCAAGGUUAAGGUAUAGACAACGGUUCGCUAAAACAACAAGGGAGGGUAAUGGUAAUAAAGUCUUUUGAGCUCUAGAACGGGGAGCUGUAAUGAGAUGCGGAUUACAGCGCUUGGGAAGUUUCCAUUUAUUGAUGGAAUAAAUCAUCUCGCGCCGUUUUUCUUCUUCGGCUAGACAGAACGAUUACACUCUACUGUAAUGUCUAUAA